AUGAUUAAUACUUAUGAUAGGCUAUGGAAUAAUUUUCCUGUAUGUCCAAAUAGUAGUCAUUUCCAACCAGCGAAUUGGCUACAUGAACAAUUAAUGAUUAUUAACGAUCGAUGUCGGCAGAAUUGGGAAGAACAAGAACAAUUGCAUCGUCAACAAAAAUUGCAACACGCUCCAGAAGACGAAAACAAACGUUUUUAUGCAAUUCUAACUAGUGAAAAAGAAAACUAUGAAGAAAAAUAA